UUUCUCACUCUAUACCUUCUCCAUCACAAAUUGUAAUUUUUGAUAGUAGAUCAUCAUCAUCAUGGUGAUCAUGGCAAAUAGAUCGAGUCUUCCACUUGUAGCUACGUACUUCAUUGGAUUUCUCUGCUUGGGAAGCAUUGGAUACAUCAUGGGUGGUUCUCUUCCGAGUGUUCAAUGCAUGGAGAGCGAGCAGGAAGCUCUUCUGAGGUUCAAAGAAGGCUUGGUUGAUCGUUCGGAUCGCUUAUCUUCUUGGGUGGUUGAAGAAGAAGCUGAUUGUUGCAAAUGGAGAGGAGUUGAGUGCAACCACACCACUGGUCAUGUCAUGGCUCUUGAUUUACACAGCCAAACCCCAAAUGAGUCCUUGCAAGGUGAGUUGACUUAUUCUGCUUUGCUUGACUUGCCAUAUCUAACUUACCUAGACUUGAGUCUCAAUCAUUUUGACAGAAAUGAAAUUCCCCAAUCCAUUGGCUCUCUUAGGAAUCUAAAAUAUCUCAAUCUAUCUGAUGCUAAUUGCAGAGGAAAUAUUCCCAGUGACCUUGGAAAUCUAUCGCGGUUACAUUCUCUUGAUUUGAGUAGUAGUACUUACCACUCUCUUAGAGCAAACAGCCUUGACUGGCUUCAAGGUCUUUCUUCCUUGAAGGUCCUUGAUUUGGGCGGGGUUGAUCUUAGUAAUGCAGUGAAUUGGCUCAAUGCCAUCAAUAUGCUACCUUCUUUGGUAGAACUGCACUUGUUCGCUUGUAACCUCAACAAUCUUCCUUCAUCUUUGCCUCAUGUGAACUUCACGUCGCUUGAAAUUCUUGACCUCUCCCUUAACAGCUUCAAUUCUCCGAUACCCCUUUGGUUGUUCGACAUCAGCCAUAGUCUUGUUCAUCUAAACCUCACAAGAAAUCAGUUACAAGGCCCCAUUCCUGAUGCUUUUGUGAACAUGACUUCUCUCGCUGUUCUAGAUUUGUCACAGAAUAAUCUUGAAGGUGGAGUGCCCACGAGUUUGGGACUGAUUCAGGAAGGCAACCAACUCAAAGGACCUUCAUCCUUGAGAGAAUUGCAUCUUUCCAAGAAUCGAUUAAAUGGGACUUUAGUACAAAGUCUUGGUCUGCUUUCAAAACUAGUUGUCUUUGAUGUUGCGGAAAAUUCCUUGUCUGGUGUAAUCACUGAGGCUCAUUUUUCGAAUUUAAGUAGCUUACGAGUAUUAGAUUUGUCUCUCAACUCGUUCGUUUUCAACAUGAGCUCAACUUGGAUCCCUACUUUUAGACUUGAUAUAAUCCGCCUAAAGUCUUGCCAUUUGGGAUCACUAUUUCCAAAGUGGCUUCAGACACAAAAUGACUUCUCUUACAUUGAUAUUUCUGAAGCUGGUAUUUCUGACACCAUGCCUAAUUGGUUUUGGAAUCUAUCUACACUGGUGGAGCACAUGAAUGUUUCUCUCAACCAACUCAAAGGAAAAGUGCCCAAUUUAUCAUCAAAACUCAAUCUUUCCCAUCUAGAUUUGAGUUACAACAUAUUUGAUGGUCCCCUGCCUUCUUUUUCUGCCAAAAUGGUGUCAUUGGUUCUGGCUCAAAAUUCAUUUUUCGGACCUAUUUCUGGUAUAUGUGAAUCAUUGAUGGUUACAAAAAGUUCCCUUAGUACUCUGGAUUUGUCUGAAAAUAAUUUAUCAGGCAAGUUACCAGACUGUUGGGCAUAUGGGCAAAAUUUGUUCUUUAUGGAUUUAUCAUUCAACCAGAUAUAUGGUAGAAUCCCGGACUCUAUUGGCGGUCUUCCUCUCAUGGCGUUGCAUUUGAGGAACAAUAGUUUAUAUGGGAAACUGCCUUUGUCUUUGAAGAAUUGCACAACUCUGGUCUCUUUAGAUCUUUCAGUUAAUAGAUUAUUUGGAAGCAUACCAGCAUGGGUUGGGGAAAGUUUACCAUACUUGUCAUUUCUUAGCUUGAGCUCGAACAAUUUCAGUGGAAGCAUUCCAUUGCAGCUGUGCCAACUUUCGUCGCUGAAAAUAUUGGAUCUUUCAGCAAACUACCUAUCAGGGGAAAUUCCGCGGUGCAUCAACAACAUUAGGGGUAUGGCGAUGACUGAAUAUGAUCCUUAUACUGCCCAAGGGGAGGACAUGCUCAAGCUAUUUGAAAGAAGAAGAUUUGAGCAGUUUUAUAAUUGGUCAUGCGUAAUUGAUCUUUCGUCCAAUAAUUUAUCCGGAGAGAUCCCAAAAGAAGUCACGAGCCUUAUUGGAUUAGAAGUCUUGCGUCUCUCCAAAAAUAAUCUGAAAGGUGUUAUUCCUGUGCAGUUGUGCCAACUCCAGUCUCUCAAAGUCUUGGAUCUUUCUUGGAAUCAUAUAUCAGGAACAAUUCCACCGUGCAUCAACAAUAUUAUGGGUAUGACUAGGUUCGGAAAUGAUGAAUUUAUAGACCUAAGGGAGGGGACAUUCUGUGAUCGGACCAGAAUGAUAUCAGUUUACUACCUAUAUGAAAUUGAUCUUUCAUCCAAUAAUUUAUCAGGAGUGAUCCCAAGAGGAGUCACAAGCCUCACUAUGUUGCGUGCCUUGAAUCUGUCAAAUAACCAUUUGACAGGUGCUAUUCCGCGCAACAUUGGUGCCAUGAGUGGCAUACAACUGCUAGAUUUAUCCAGGAAUAAGCUUUCAUGCUCCAUACCCACUAGCAUAACCGAAUUAUCUUUUCUUGCUCUACUGGAUGUGUCACAUAACAAUUUGUCAGGGAAAAUUCCAUCGGGAAGUAGGAUGAACACUUUUGAUGAAACAUCCUUCUUGGAAAACCCCAACCUCUGCGGGCAUCCAUCUACGAAUGAUUGCUUGCACAAUGAGACAUACGAGGAUGCACUUUGUACAAGUCUUGAGGAAGGAGGUAAAGAAAAUGAAGUCAAUCAAGAUGACGAUGAUGACUGGCUUGACACAACUUCAUUCUACAUUAGCAUGGCUGUUGGAUUCGUUACGUCGUAUUGUGGGUUUUGGGGUGCCUUACUGUGCAACAGUUCAUGGAGGCAUGCAUAUUUCAAAUUCUUGGGCAAUCUCUAUGACAAGAUAUACGUGACGGUUGCAGUUAGUGUGAACAAAUUGCGCAGGAAGUAUCAGAGCAAGCAUGCAUAAUAAUAUUACUGAGCAUUGUUUGCUCAUGAAUUAGGGCAGUUAGUGUGCAGUGAACCGGUCAUUUUCAAAAGAGAUUCCCAUAUUGUAUUCAAGGCUGCCUCAAGGACGAUGAGAGGGUUCCCAGAUUGUAGAAAACAAAAAUGUCUAAAAUUCCGGAGUUUUUGGCUUAUCAGUGGUUGCUCUGUUUCAGUCAUCUUGUUUAUAAAUAUGUUCUUAAAGUUGAAUGCUUUUGUUA